AUGAUUAGUCCUGGUGGAACGCCUCGUAUAGACGUCGGUUACUCUGCUCCGAUUCCGCCACCAGGUGACCGACGACGCCCUGCACCUACACGCCUUGAUGGAAUGCCUCCUCCUGAUAGGAAGCCCGUGCGAACGCCGGUUAGUGGCCACCCCGGGCCAUUGCCAUCACCUCGCGGUCCGGCAUCUCCUCGGACAAUAGGCUCUCCCUCUUCUGGCACAUUUCCUCCCCGCAUGGAGUCCCGACAGCCAUCCCGGGGCUCAGCAUCCUCUACUCCUCAGCCACCGUCCAGCGCCUCCUCGGCACAGAUGCCCGCUGCACAGCCGCCCAAACCUAGCGCUCCGCCUCCGAGCAAGGGCCCUAAGACUUUUGAAGAAAUGGGAGUUCCAAGUGCCAAGAAUGAUAGUGAUUGUCUGGUAAUGUGA